UAUUGACUGCUAGUGUUGUACAAAGCAAUGUAAUCAUUAUGACUGUCAUAGCGAUGGUUGGCGGAGCUCUAAUUGCUGCCAGCAAUGAUUUAGCUUUCGAUUUGAAAGGAUAUGCUUUUGUCUUAAGCAACGACUUCUUCACCGCUUCCAACGGCGUGUUUAUGAAACAGAAACUCGACUCCAGAGAACUGGGAAAAUAUGGUCUACUCUACUAUAACUCGCUGUUUAUGAUAAUACCAUUGCUAUUGCUUUCUUGGAGUACCGGAGAUCUGAGCCGAUCCAUUGAAUUCAAUGAUUGGUCUGAUUUAGGAUUUAUAAUAUCAUUUCUAACCUCAUGUGUGAUGGGAUUUAUUCUCAUGUACUCCACCGUAUUGUGUACCGCAUACAACUCAGCGCUCACCACAACAAUAGUGGGCUGUUUGAAGAAUAUAUUCGUCACAUACAUCGGGAUGUAUAUCGGAGGCGAUUAUGUGUUCUCAAUGACUAACUUUAUUGGUCUCAAUAUAUCAAUGAUUGGGAGUCUUGUCUAUUCAUACUUCACUUUUAUUCAGAAACAAAAGCCUUUGCCUUAAACUCAGCCAUUAUAUUCAGUCAUUAAGUUUGGUUUGAUUUUUGCUGUUUUUGGUCGC